AUGCAUGCUGCUACACCUUGGCAUAAGAUUGAUUAUGUUUUUGUUCCUGUCCACGUCAAGGAGAAAUUUCAUUGGGUGUUGGCUGUGAUAUCAUUGAAUGAUAAGUGUAUCAACGUGUAUGACUCAUAUAGGGCAGCAGGUCACGAUGCAGCUAUCAGGGCAGAGAUAGUUAAACUGUCUCAGUUGAUCCCUUUGAAGUUAUCAGUCAAUGAAUAUUACAACAAAAAAGGAAUUGAUGUAUCGCAAGCUCAACAAGAGAACGAGUUCUUUAAUGUAGUAUUCAUAGAUAAUGUUCCUCAACAGGCGCAUGGGUCUCUAGAUUGUGGUAUUUAUAUGCUAGCUUUUGCCGAAUACUUGUCAUACGGACAAGGUAUUCCAGCGAAUGUUUUGGAUGCAUCGCGUUUACGGUCAAGAUAUGCUACACUUCUUUGGAAUUAUGGCCAACAAAAGAAUGAUGCCGGAGCAAUAAGUGACAAUGAAGCACCUCCACGAUAUAGCAGAUUCAAUGUAGCAAUGGAGGAAAUUGAUACAAUUCAAAUAGAUUAG